AUGGGUGUCAUAUGCUAUGCCGAUGACACCCUCGUCUUAUCCCGGAGACGGAGCUACAAGGAGGAGGCGUGGCUGGCCGAGGUCGGAACUGACCUCGUGAUCAGUCGCAUAGAGAGGUUGGGGCUUCGGGUUGCAGCUCAAGCCGGACAAAAUGUAACAAUAGUCGAUUUGAACUCGGAAAUACUUGAAAAAGCUCAGAAGUCUAUACAAAACAAUCUAGGCAGAGUGGCGAGAAAGCUGUAUAAAGAUGAUCCUUUGAAAAUCAAGGAAUUUGUUAAAGAAGCCAAUAGUAGAAUUAAGGUUUCAACCAAGAUAGAAGAUGGUGUGGAUGCUGAUCUGAUCGUAGAGGCCAUCGUCGAGUUGCUUGAGCCCAAACAGAAGCUGUUCAACAGAUUGGAUGAGCUGGCUCCAGAACAUACAAUUUUAGCGAGCAACACAUCAUCUAUAUCAAUCAAUGAGAUAGGCAGCGGUAUUAAGAGAAAAGAUAGGUAA